GCGUAAAGGAAAAUUUUCGGUUGAUAUUCAUGCGUAAUUUUUCUUUUUGAAAUCAAAUUGCGUAAUAAUCACAAGUGAAUAUUUGUAAAUAAUGGGUCAGAUGAUGACAAAAGGUUUAGCUAUUCUAAGUGAAAAAACAAUUAACGCUACUAAAGUAUUGAAACAGCCAUUUAAAUCAAGUCCAUUUCGUCGUGAAUUACGUGAAAAAUGUGAUGAAAUGAAUCAACGACGACAACAAAAACAAAUUGAUGGCGGUGAACGGAUGCCAAUGAUCAAAUCUUCUUCGAAACAAAAUGAUCAAGCCAAGAAACAAAAUGAAUGAAUAAAAAUA